GGUGUAUUCUUGUAAAAAGUUCUGCUUUUGAGUGGCGCGGUCCCCGGCUUGAAAAUCUAGCACUUUCAAUUGUUUCAAAAAUCAACAAAGUUGCAUUUUGGCAAGAACCCCAGGGCUGUUUUGAUAACCGCGGCAAAAAGUCCAAUCAAGUGGUUGAAAUAAUGAAUAAUAGCCCAGACGAGCGGAUAAUUUCCGUGAUAAACACGCAUUUCAUAAGCGACUGUGGGAAAAGCUCCUCGAUGAGGUAUGAGAGCGACUUCUUCAGCCACCAAGUGCUAAGCAAGAGCCCCUUUUUCUGCGUCCGAAACGUAAGUUUUAGUAGCGAUGAGUUGAAUUUUAGUCAGUGUCGAAUUUUCAACGAAGACCUCGGAACCGUGCGCUUGUACAAAGCGGAGGAUCCGCAGAUUUUGCUCAAACGCAGGCAAAAGCUCAACAUUCCGAGCAUGAUCAGGUGCCAGAACUGCGAAACCAACUACCCCACCAAAUACCAGUACCAGAGGCACCAGUGCGAGUUUAACGCCGAGAAAGUGGUGCUUAAGCCAAACGCCGACUUCAUCGACAUAGACAAGGGCAAGCGCGUCAAGUACGAUUGUCCGACGUGCGGCAAACAAUUCGUCAGCAAGAACAACCUGGAGCGGCACCAAAGCAGCCACGAGAGCUCCAAAGACAACACGUGCGAGCACUGCAAGAAGCAGUUCGUCAGCGAGAACCGCCUCCGCAUCCACAAGGAGAACCACUGCAAAAAAGCGGGCGACAUUUCCAAGUUUUACCGGAGCGACGUAACCGUCUGGAAGUGCAAAAAAUGCCACGAGGUGUUUUCCUCCAGCACGACGGCGGGGUACCACGUUGAAGACUGCACUGAAUUGAUUGACUCGUGUGAUAUCAAAACCGAGCCAGUGAACGAUAACCGAACUGAGACCAAAACCAUCGAGAAAAUUUCGACCGAAAUUCUGCUACAGUGCGAGUUUUGCAACCGCACGUACGCCGACAAGCAAAUCCUGCUCAAGCACCAGAAGACGCACAAGACCGACAAAAACUACGAGUGUGUGGUGUGUAAGGACGUUUUCGACUCGUACAUCACCGCAUCGCAACACUGGCUCAAGAAAUGUUCGGAGAAGGCGAACUUGUUUUAUUUACCCAAACUCACCUAUUGCGAGUUUUGCGACCGGACGUUCAAAUCGCACGAAAUCCUCUACACCCACAAGAUCAAAAAGAAGCACUACACUCCCAAAAUCCACGAUAAUAUCGCCGAGAAGGCGAGUCAAGUCAAGGAUAUUAAAAACGAGGACGUUAUUGAUAAGUUGAUCGAGGAUGUGCUCAUAGCACUCGAGAUACCGAUCAACAAACGCAAGAAAGUCGAGACUGAGAAUAAGGAGAAUGUGGUGCCAGAUGAGACGAUUCAAGUUAAGACGGAGCCCUUGAGCCAGAAUGAUCCCUUGGAUGAGAGUGGAGCGCCUGAGAAGAAGAAAAGGGGGCGCAAACGCAAGUUCCCCAAGCAGACGCCAAAGGCGAAGAAACCGUGUGUGGCUCUGGAUGAGGGUUUUAAAUAUCAGUGUGAGCGAUGCACCGAAGUGUGGAAUACAAUAACCGAGUUGGAGGCGCAUCGAGAGAAGGAACAUGCAGCUAACUUCAACUGCGAUGAGUGUGGACAGGUUUUGCACAGCGCGCGAGCCCUGUUGAUCCACAGCCGGGCGCAUAAGAGCCUCAAACCGUACGUUUGCGACACUUGCGGUCGUAGCUACUCACAAACGUCGCAUUUGUGGCAACAUAUGCGUUUCCAUCAAGGGAUUAAACCGUUUGCGUGUCCGCACGAAGGCUGUGAAGCGAGAUAUACAAUUCGGCCAGAUUUGAAGGAUCAUAUACGGAAAGUGCACACAAGGGAGAGACCCUUCAAAUGUAGUGUCUGCGGCAAGUGUUUCCUGACCGGUUCGGUUUACUACCAACAUCGGCUUAUACAUACGGAGGAUCGGCGAUAUGGAUGCGAUAUGUGCGAAAAACGGUUUUUUAGGGCCGAUGCUCUGAAUAACCACAAGAGGAUUCAUACGAAUGAGAGGCCGUAUCCGUGUUUUGUUUGUGGGAGGUUGUUUAGACAGAAAGGGGACAGGAAUAAGCAUUUUAGGACGCAGCAUCCCGAUGCCAUCUUGAAUUGAUAGUAGAGUUAAGUGUUACUUUGUUCGAUUAAAAGUGUUCAGUUUGUUGUUACAAAUGUUACUGUUUUGAGCGUUUAUUUUAAUAAAAUCAAAUAUAUGACUAUGUCACACCGGGACUUUUAGGGAUUUUUAGGGACGAUUCCGAUAUCUAAAAAACGUUAAUUUUUGUUAAGUUUUUUAAUUUUAAAGUAACAGACAUCGAUCAAUUUUUUUUAUUUAUCACAUAGCAAGGCAAAGUCUACACUAGUGAGCUUUUCGAAAAUGGUCCGCAACAAUGAGCCAUCACAUUAAGUGAGCACACUUACUAAUUCUUGUGCACGGCAGUGUAAAAAUUCGAGUUGGCUGUGAACACAAGAAUUUGAAUAAAAUAGUAGGCCGUUGUCAAUAGUGACAUGCACAAUUGUUUUGAUCACGUGAUGUAAAAACCAUAUUGCAAAAAUAGGAAUUAGUAUUCGUGUUUUCCACUAAAAAACACAAAAUAAUAAGCGAGGCAUAAAAUAAGUCAUA